ACCAAAAAGGUUCAAACGGUUCAACUGACAGGUUAUGAUAAUAAUGUGUUUUUACUUUUAAUCAACUAUUUAUUAGUUGUGUCUGAAAAUGACUGGAAAAAACAAGACUAAUUUAGGAAAAGCUUUACAGAAAAAAAUUAAUCCUAGGAAUCAACAACGUGGAGAUAAAUCGAAGCUAUAUACUACAGAGCUUAAAGAUGGAUAUGAAUGGGGACGGCUCAAUCUCCAAUCUGUUACAGAAGAAUCUUCUCUUCAAGAAUUUAUGUCAGUAGCUGAGUUAGCCAGAACUGAAUUCAAAGCAGAAAAACUCAAUUGCAAGACUGUUGCUCCAGAUGCAUAUUUAGUUGGUCUCUCAAAUGAAGAUACAACAAGAAUAAAGAAUUUUCAUGAAGAUAACAAACAGUUUUUAAGAAUUCCUAGAAGGCCUAAAUGGAGUGCAGAAACCUCUCCGGAAGAAUUAGAUGAAAAAGAAAAAGAUGGUUUUUUGGAAUGGAGAAGAUCUCUAGCACUCUUCCAACAAAGUAAUGAUGUAGUAAUGACUCCAUUCGAAAAGCAAUUGGAAUUUUGGAGACAGCUAUGGAGGACUAUAGAAAGAAGUGAUGUUAUUGUUCAAAUAGUGGAUGCGAGAAAUCCACUCCUUUUUCGCUGCGAAGACCUUGAAGCAUAUGUUAAGGAAGUUUCAGAAAAUAAAAUUAAUUUGCUGUUAGUAAAUAAAGCUGAUUUUCUAACUGAAGCACAAAGAAAAUCGUGGGCUAAUUAUUUUUCAUCUAUCAAUGUGAGAGCCAUAUUUUUUUCAGCGACUUUAGAAAAAGAAUUGGAAAAUCAUUCUAACAAUCAAAGCGAAGAAUCAAAUGAUGAUGAAGAAUCUGAAGCUGUGAAACAGGAACCUGUAAAUGACAUUGAGGAAAAACUCAAAAACUUGGAAAUUGCUGUAGGAGAAACUGCAGAAAAACUUGAUAAAAUAUUAAGUACUCUAACAAUUCCUGAAGAUAACUGUGAUGAUAGCAGUAUUAACUCGAGUAAUAUAUUCUCCCAAAAGCAACUGAUAGAAUUAUUCCGAACUAUUCAUACAGGCCCAAAAGUAAAAGAAAAUAUAACAACUAUUGGUUUUGUGGGAUAUCCAAAUGUUGGUAAAAGUUCAACUUUGAAUUCUUUAUUGAACGAAAAAAAAGUUUCCACUUCUAGUACUGCUGGUAAAACAAAGCAUUUGCAAACCAUUUAUUUGGAUACUGAUAUUUUAUUAUGCGAUUGUCCUGGAUUGGUUAUGCCUUCUUUUGCUUUCACAAAAGCAGAUUUAGUUAUAAAUGGUAUUUUAAGAAUUGAUGAGAUGAGGAAUCAUGUGCCUCCCAUAACAUUAGUUGCAUGUCUUAUUCCAAGACAUGUUAUAGAAGAUACAUAUAAUAUUAUGAUACCAAAAUUAAGUGAGGAAUUAGAUAAACCACCAACUGCAGAAGAAGUAUUGAAUGCAUAUGCAUAUUUCAGAGGAUUUAUGACUGCGAAUGGUCAGCCAGAUAAUGCACGAGCAGCAAGAUAUAUUUUGAAAGAUUUUCAAAAGGGCAAGCUCCUGUAUUGUUAUGCACCACCUGAUAUACCCCAGGAAUCUUUUCAUUCUUGGCCGGAAAAGAGAAGACAAUUCCCUAAACAUAUUCCAGCGAAAACACUGAGAACUCUAGGGGCCCAUGACACAGUGGAAGAGAGAGAAAAACGAUGUGACGCAAGUGGAGCAAUGAUAAUGGGCAAGAAAGUAAAUUUAGCUGCAUAUUCGGAUUGUGAAAAACCCUGGAAAAAAUAUAACAAACAAAAAAAUAAGAAUAAGAGAGAGAAACUGCGAAAAGUUUAUGCUCACUUGGACCAGCACUGAUCAAUAAUAUUAUUUUCAAAAAUGUUCUACUUCAAAAAAAUUUCGAGAAAGAUAAAAAAUUAUUCUGCGAAACAAUUUGUUAACAUAAAUGUUUUAAAUUGCAGAUGUCAAAUAAUCUCAAUGAAAAGUAAAAUGUCUAAAGUUUAAAAGUCUUGUUGUAUAUCAAAACAUCUUUAAAAAUGUGCAAAAUAAAUAAGAUAUUUUUGUUU